UGUUGGAGCUUGAUAUCGACCACUGUUGUCAUUGGGAGAAGCCCUGUUUUGCCGCCCCCCUCCCCCUCGCUGGGCCCCCGUGUAGAGCCGCCUCGCAGAGUUGAGUCGGACUGGGAGAGGAAUGCGCUGGGAUGCGGAGCAGCACCAACUGUAGGAAAUCGACACAACAACUCGCACAGUAUGGACAGUAAUGAUCCGUAUUUACACCUCAUUUGACAUCGAGCCAACACUCAAGUCCCAGUCCUGCUCCUGAGUGACUGGCGCCCUGCCAGCUCCCCACCUGCACGGUAGGCAUGUGGCAUCCCGUGGCAUCACCUGCAACUGGAGGCAGCCCUGGGCGGGAGAUAGGUUAUGGCCACUACUCUACAGGUCCAAUGACCACAGCCCACAACCACCCGCCUCACAUGGGUGGCAUGGUGGGCCACCCGUCCGUCAUCAGCACCUCCAGACCCUUACCAUCCCCAAUGUCCACCUUGGGCUCGCCGAUGAACGGCCUGGCCUCACCUUACCCCGUCAUCACAUCUUCCCUGGGCUCACCUGCUGUAUCUCUGCCGUCCACACCCAGUAUGAACUUCGGACAACUCCACAGUCCACAGAUGAAUUCCAUGAACAGUGUUAGCAGCUCAGAGGACAUCAAGCCUCCACCGGGCCUACAGAACCUGGGAAACCUCAACUACCAGUGUACGAGCCCUGGGGGAAUGUCAAAGCACAUCUGCUCUAUUUGUGGGGACCGCUCCUCAGGAAAGCACUAUGGUGUGUACAGCUGCGAGGGAUGCAAAGGCUUCUUCAAAAGGACCGUUCGCAAAGAUCUUACCUACACGUGUCGAGACAUGAAGGAGUGCCUGAUUGACAAGCGGCAGCGAAACCGCUGCCAAUACUGUCGCUACCAGAAGUGCCUGGCCAUGGGCAUGAAGAGAGAAGCGGUGCAGGAAGAGAGGCAGCGUGGGAAGGAGCGGGGUGAGAAUGAGGUGGAAUCCACCAGCAGUUUUAAUGAAGAAAUGCCUGUGGACAAGAUCCUGGAUGCAGAGGUGGCAGUGGAGCCCAAAACAGAGGCGUACAGUGAAGGCAGCCCCAGCAACUCAACCAACGACCCUGUAACUAAUAUCUGUCAAGCAGCAGACAAGCAGCUCUUCACUUUAGUGGAGUGGGCCAAAAGGAUCCCUCACUUCUCCGAACUCCCCCUGGAUGACCAGGUCAUCCUACUACGAGCAGGCUGGAACGAGCUUCUAAUUGCUUCAUUUUCACAUCGUUCAGUCACAGUAAAAGAUGGCAUCCUGUUGGCAACGGGCCUCCACGUGCACAGAAGCAGCGCCCACAGUGCCGGAGUGGGCUCCAUCUUUGAUAGAGUCCUGACAGAGCUGGUAUCCAAAAUGAAAGACAUGCAGAUGGAUAAGACGGAGCUCGGUUGUCUGCGAGCCAUCGUCCUCUUCAACCCAGAUGCAAAAGGUCUUUCAAACCCACCAGAAGUUGAAGGGCUGAGGGAAAAAGUUUACGCUUCUUUGGAAUCAUACACGAAACAGAAAUACCCAGACCAGCCUGGCAGGUUUGCCAAGCUGCUGCUGCGACUGCCUGCCCUGCGCUCCAUCGGACUCAAGUGUCUGGAGCAUCUGUUUUUUUUCAAGCUGAUUGGAGACACACCCAUCGACACCUUCCUGAUGGAGAUGCUAGAGGCGCCACAUCAGAUCACAUGACACCAGUCCCCCCUCCCCCUGUACAUACUCCCAAGUUGUCAGCGACAUGAAGAUGGAAUAAAGAAAGACUUGAUUAAACUGGCAAAGCAGCAUAUUUUGUACCUAGCACAACAUUGUAAUUAAAAUGGAGUAAAAAAUAUUUUGAGGUUGUGUGGUGGGUGGAGCAGUGAGACGGAGGAUGGAGUGCACUGUCAACAUGAAUUCUAAUAGAAUUGUUAACAGAUUUCUGUUGUAAAUAGAUAAUUUCAGGUGUCCAUUUAAAGAGCAACACAAUGCAAUUUAAAAAAGAAUCAUAUUUUAUUCAAAGAGGAAUUGUAUAAAACGGGAAACAUUCUUGCAUUUCUUAAAACACAUUUGAGAAUUCUUACGGAAUAAAGUUAUUUAAAAAAAUA